GAACAGGCCACCCAACUCCCAGAGCUGGAUCCCCCAAAAUCUGCUCUGUCAGCUGCUGCAGUUGCUACCGUUCUCAGAACCCUCACCAUGAAAGGCCUUCUGCUGCUCGCCUUGUCUUCUUUGCUGUGCUGGGUCUCAGCUGACAUUCGCUGUCACUCCUGCUACAAGGUCCCUGUUCUGGGCUGUGUGGACCGGACGUCCUGCCGCCUGGAACCAGGACAGAAAUGCCUGACAACAAAUGUGUACCUCGGCAAGAUGUGGGUUUUCUCCAACCUUCGCUGUGGCACACCUGCGGAGCCCUGUCAGGAGGCCUUGAACCAAACCAACCGCAAGCUGGGCCUGACCUAUAACACCACUUGCUGCGAGAAGGACAACUGCAACAGCCCGGCCCCUCGGCCCGCCCCAGCCCUGGGCCUGGUCCUCCUCACCUCCUUGGCUGGCGUUGGCCUCUGGCUGCUGCACUGACACUCACUCCUCCCCCUGCCUCAGCCUGAGCCUCUCUCCCUGUGUCUCCGGAUCCCCUGGCUUCCCACAGUGGUCUCCCCCUAGUUCCCUUUGCUCGGAAAAACAUUUCUCUAGACCUUCACAUUUCUUUGAUUAGACAGUGGUCACCCUAUCCGUCAUUCUACCCACACCCUCCUCUCGGCUCUGCUGAGUCCCUUCCCGUUUCCCUCCAGAUCUCCCACGGCCCCAGAAGGGCUCCCCUUUGGGCCCUGCUUAGGGAGGACUUGGGGUCCGGGCCUGUCCCCCGUGGUGGCUCGAAAGAAGACCUGAGGACCUUGCCCUGCUCACCUCUUUCCAUUUUGAGUAAUAAAUGCCUGUGUC